AUGCCAACCGUCGGUCGCUACCAACAUUCAGCGCUGCCAAUGCGCAUUUUGCGCGCUAUUCGGACUCCUGGGACACCUUUGAACGACAACGCUCCCACUGUCGGUCCUGCUGCAGACCCCGAGCCGACCGCUAUCCACCUCACCGCCGAUCACACUGCCGCUGUCCCGCCACCAUCACCCACCGACACCAACCGCGAUGACCCAACACCUGCGUCGACCACAACGACAGUUUUACCGUCGAUUCCGACGGCGUCCACCGUUUGA